GUAAUUAAGUAGUAUUUUUUUUAUUUAAAUUAGUAAAUCCAAUGAAAAGGUACGUUUUUCGCGGAUUUUAACUGAACUAUCGCGAUAAUUGUCGGAAAGCGUUCAACGAAGUGUUUUGUGCACUCCGCUACUUGGAAAUUCUGCCGUUACCGUUGUCAGCUGGUGGGAGGUUCGGUUUUGGGGUGUCUUAGGCAGGUUCGGCCCUUCAUUAUCUGGUAGAUUCACAUUUAACUGCUGGCCCAUAUUUUUGUUAGUGCACGCUCAGUUAGCGGUUAGCUUAGCUCGCUAACUAGCACAGUAAGCUAAAAACAUCAGCUAGAGACAGGUUCCCAAACCCUUAUAUGAAACACGGGUAUUAAUUAUCGAACUGUAACAGACGAAUGUUAGAGUGAAGUGAUGAAACUACGGCCCACAGACUGGACUUCCCAGGAGCUGUUGCCCAUCAGGUUCAUCUGACGCCAUGAGGGCAGUGGUGCUGCCUGUCUGAUCUCCGUUGGCCUCUAUGGAUGAUGUGGUUCUGCACUGUCGGCCUGGAUCAGCUUCUAGGCUCAGCUUUCUGCUGGAGACUGCAGAGAAGGUUCUGGAGCCAUUCUCAUGUCGGACUUCUCCAGUCUUCACCUCCUGGUUUCCUACCUCCGCUGACCACCAGCUGCCCAUUAGACCUGCCAGACCAGCUCCUGUCGUCACCUCCUCCACGGACAAAUUAACUUUUGAACCAAUCACCAGUGCCUCUGUAAAGACACAGCAAAGCAAAGAUGCCAUGCGUGGCUCCGAAACCCUGGACAAACUCCUACCAUUUUCACACUUCAAUAAACCCCGGGGUCGGACCAGACUGUCUCCUGGGAAACAGCCAGAGAAAGAUAAAGAUGGCCACACUGCUACAGACUGUCCGAUCAAACGGUCCUGGAGCGUGUUUUCACAGAGAGGAGUUCUGCUGCAGAGCUCCCAGUCUUUGUCCAAACAGUUCACCCACGUGGUGUCCAUCCACAGCCUCCACCUCCGCCAGAGGGCCAAGUGGGCGAUCAGUGAGGUCAACUGUGGGGCGGCCACCAGCAUCGAACAGGUGUGGCGGAAUCUGACCCGAUUUAUCCAAAGAGCCAAGCUGCCAACAUGCAACGCCAACAUCCAGAGGGAGCGGGCCGAGAUCUGGGUGUUCUGUGAUGUUCUCCAUGCUGAGCAAGUCGGGCAUUUUCUGAAGGAACAGCUGCAGCUGUCGGGCAGGAUCAGCCUGUCCGUGCACAGACUGGGGAACAUCUUUAGCUUGUAGAGCUGGAGUCAUUCAUGGGUUGAUGACAUGCCCAGCUAUUGAAACACUGCAAAUGCAUUUUUUUCAUGUCUAAAUAAAAAACAAACAUUUCGGAAAAA